GGCACGGCGCGGGGGCAGCAUGCGCGGCGGCGUGGGGGUGCUCCUGCAGCCUGCAGGCUGGACGCUGUGCCAGACAAGGAGCAUCUUCUCCUGGCUGGCUCGAUGGUUCCCCAAAACUCCAGCCAAGUCUGUAGUGGCCAUGAAAACACCUAUUAAGGUGGAGCUGGUAGCUGGGAAAACCUACAGGUGGUGUGUGUGUGGCCGCAGCAAGAAGCAGCCCUUCUGUGAUGGCUCCCAUUUCUUCCAACAAACGGGCCUUUUUCCACUCAAGUUCAAAGCCAAGGAAACGCGCACUGUGGCUCUCUGUACCUGCAAGGCCACACAGAAGCCCCCCUACUGCGAUGGCACCCACAGGAGUGAGCGGGUGCAGAAGACCCAAGUGGGCUCCCCGAUACUUGAGGAGGAGGUCACUGCUGGGCCCCAGAAGUCUUAGGAGGAAGCUGGGUCUGAACCCUGGACAUGGCUCACCUUGUCAUCCCAGGACCCUUUUGCUCAUAACCACGUUAAAUAAAUGUGCCUGCCAUUGUUCA